UUUGCCUGGAUCAAGCCUCUGAUUCAUCUUCUCCAAUGGAAUCAGUUUGUUCGUCUGGUGAGAGCGUGAUGUCCUAAUCUCGAAAGGUGUGAUCGUAACCAGGGAAUUUCGUUGCCCGACAUACUACGAGAAGAAGACGAAUCCAAUCUGAGCCUCGCUGUCAUCUUAAUGCGCUCGACUUCACAUGAAGAAGAUAAGUGAGACAUCGAAUCUAAAGAGAGAGAGAGUCCAGACAGUUUCACUGUGAAGGAGCAGAAAUGGAAGUUCUGACGAAAGGUGCGGGAGCGAUCAUGGCCGCGUUCACUCUGAUUCUUCUAUUCCUCUCGCUACAUGCGGCGAGCAGGGGUCAGCAGCACGGCAAGGACAUGGACCCACGACCAGGUAUCCUCCCGCUUGCUUCCAACGCUUCCAACCGAAAGCUGCUGGUUGCUGGUGUAGAAGGAGAAGAGGCGCAGGAGGAGGGAGGAGCAGAAUUCAAGCCAUACCGAAUUGGGGACGUGUGCUCCGAGCAGGACGUCGCGCUUCAUCAAGCAGCCACGACGCCUUUGCCCAGCGGGAUUCCGACGUACACCGUCCGGAUCAUCAACGUCUGCGUCACCGGUUGCUCCAUCUCCGACGUUCACCUUGCCUGCGGCUGGUUCAGCACCGCCCGUUCCAUCAACCCCGCCAUCUUCCGCCGCCUCCGCUACAACGACUGCCUCAUUAACGACGGCAAGCCCAUCCCCACCGGAGGCAGCGUCUCCUUCCAGUACGCCAACACCUUCCCUUACACCCUUUCCGUCUCCUCCGCCACCUGCAACCCUUAAAACCGUUCUCUUGCCCUCGUCUUGGAGGAAAUUAAU